AUGACUGCUCCUACACUACAGUUGAUACUUGAUCAAUGGAAACUUUUUUGUAAAAAUCCACCCAAGGGUUUUGAAAAGUAUUUUGAAGCUGGGAAAAAAGUUUUAAAGCAAAGUUCCGAAGGAGCAGCUGCACCUAAAAAAGAUGCUCCAUCUUCUUCUACUUCGAGUCAAUCAAAGUCUUCAAGUGGCUCAGAAUCUAAUACUUCGCCACAGACGCCUCCCUUAUCAGGACCUAAAUUGUAUGAUGGCUCUUUCUUCUCAAGAUUUAUGGGUGGGGGGUCAACUGGAAAGAGCGGUUCUUCUGGAGGAGGCUCGGGUAUGCCACCUGAAAUGGACCCAGAAAAAAUAUUUUAUGGAGCUGCUGCAGCUACUUUAUUAGUGUUGGGUUAUUGGUUUUUUAAAUCAUCAUAUUAUGGAGUUGAAAUUACUUUUAAAGAAUUUAAAGUCGAAGUUUAUAAUAAAAAAUGGGUUUGUGUGGUUUUAAAGAAAGAUAGUGGACUUUUAGAAAAGAGUGCAUGGUUUUAUAUUGGAAGUGUCGAUAGUUUCGAAAGGAAUUUAGAAGCAACACAACAAAGUUUAGAAAUACCAGCAGCUGAUUACAUACCUGUCUUAUACAAAACCAGCCUUGAAUUUUCUUAUGUUAUGAAUGCAUUGCCGAGUAUUUUGGUUCUGCUUUUAGUAUUUUUCACAUUAAAACGUUCGGCAGAUAUGCUUGGCAGAAGAGGACGUAAGAAGGGACUUUUUGGUUCCAUGAUGGAAUCGACUGCAAAAUUAAUUAAUUCUAACGAAAUCGGUGUUCGCUUUAGCGAUGUAGCCGGUUGCGAAGAAGCCAAAGUUGAAAUAAUGGAAUUUGUUAACUUUUUAAAAAAUCCUCAACAGUAUAUCGAACUGGGAGCUAAAAUACCAAAAGGCGCCAUAUUAACAGGACCACCCGGUACGGGUAAAACCCUUUUGGCAAAAGCAACUGCUGGAGAAGCCAAUGUUCCCUUUAUAACGGUGUCCGGAUCGGAAUUUUUGGAAAUGUUUGUCGGUGUCGGACCCUCAAGAGUACGUGACAUGUUUGCCAUGGCGAGAAAACACGCUCCCUGCAUACUUUUUAUCGAUGAAAUAGAUGCCGUCGGACGUAAAAGGGGAGCACGUAAUUUUGGCGGUCAUUCUGAACAAGAAAACACGCUUAAUCAGUUACUAGUAGAAAUGGACGGAUUCAACACGACUACAAACGUUGUAGUUUUAGCUGCAACAAACAGAGUAGAUAUAUUAGAUCGUGCACUUUUAAGGCCCGGUAGGUUCGAUCGUCAAAUAUUUGUACCUGCGCCAGAUAUCAAGGGAAGAGCAUCAAUAUUUAAAGUACAUUUGCAAGUUUUAAAAACGAAUUUAGAUAAGUCUGAUUUAGCCAGGAAAAUGGCAGCUCUCACUCCCGGAUUUACAGGUGCUGACAUUGCAAACGUUUGCAACGAGGCUGCUUUAAUUGCUGCCAGAGAUCUUCACGAUUCUAUAAACAUGAAGCAUUUCGAACAAGCAAUCGAAAGGGUCGUUGCCGGAAUGGAAAAGAAGACCAAAGUACUUCAACCAGAAGAAAAAACAACUGUUGCGUACCACGAAGCUGGUCACGCGGUUGCCGGAUGGUUUUUGCAAAAUGCAGAUCCUUUAUUAAAAGUUUCGAUUAUUCCCAGAGGAAAAGGAUUAGGUUAUGCACAGUAUUUGCCCAAAGAGCAGUAUCUUUACACCAAGGAACAAAUAUUCGAUAGGAUUUGCAUGGCGUUGGGCGGUAGAGUCGCCGAAGAGAUUUUCUUUAAUAGAAUAACAACAGGAGCUCAAGACGAUCUUAGAAAAAUAACACAAAUGGCUUAUUCACAGGUCGUUCAAUACGGAAUGAACGAAAAAGUCGGUUACGUAAGUUUCGACGUCCCCCAACCGGGAGAGUUGGUCAUGGACAAACCAUAUUCGGAAAACACGGCCCAGUUAAUAGACGUAGAAGUAAGAAAUUUAAUUUUAUCCGCUCACAAGCGUACGACGGAUCUGUUGAACGAACACAAGGGAGACGUUGAAAAAGUCGCCGAAAGGCUGUUAAAGCAAGAAGUCAUAAGUCGAUCCGACAUAAUCGAACUUUUGGGUCCUCGUCCUUUCCCGGAAAAAUCAACGUACGAAGAAUUCGUCGAGGGUACGGGAUCGUUCGAAGAAGAUACGACUUUACCGGAAGGACUUAAAGACUGGAAUCAGGAAAAGUCGAAAAAAGUGGCGGCAGAAAAAGAAGCGGCAUCGUAA